AUGGAACAUCAACAAGAUCAUCACUAUGGUCCCGUGAGAGGUCAGCACACCCACCCCUUUCACCUUUCUUCUCGCUUCUACUGCGCCAUUGCUCAAGCCAAGGGCCAGAACGCGCCCUUUUCUCCUGUCAAGCAUGUCAUUGACUAUAUUGGCAAGAGUCUGGCCAGGGUCUGGAAAAAAGGCGAGUUCCUGCAGCAAGAGUCUGAGAGAGUACGGAUGCUACCUCGUCACACGAAAGGUCACAUGGCACAUUCAUUGCUGGUUGAGACUAAGACAUCACAUCACAACUAA